AUGGGUCAAGCCAAGGAGGCGGCUGUUCCCCUCAGCGCCAAACGGAAAGCCGAAGUUCUUGACGAUGCAGCGCACAAGAAGCCAAAGAAGGGAAUGGCUUUCUCAGGAGCUUCAGACUUUGCUUCGAACAUAAACUCUCUGCUUGGCGUCGCGGAAAUCAACAAGGCAUUGGCAGGAAAUUCAUCAGCCACAAGCACCACCGGUCGAACCCGCCCGUCGAAACUGAAGACAGACGAGCUAUCCAACGUCAGAAUCAAGCGCAGAGAAUCUUCCCGUGCAGAAGCCAAGGAUGGCAACAAACUUACCCUCAAAUCUCCUCUCGGCACAGAACAGAGCAAAGCGGAGCUCGAAUUCGCGCGCCGCAGAAUGGAGUCCAAGGCGCGCCUCUACGCCGCAAUGCAACGAGGCGAUUAUAUCGGGCGCGAGAUCGGUUUGGUUGAUUUCGACCGAAAGUGGGCCGAAUCGCAAUCGAACAAACCCGCCUCACCCUCCUUGACAUCCUCAGACUCCGAAGCCUCUGCAGAGGAAGACAACAUCGACACGACGCUACACGAAUACACGGACGAAUUCGGCCGUGUCCGACAUCUCACUCGCGCCCAAAUCCUCCGCCUAGAAAGGCGUUCUGCCCGCGCCGCAGCAUCUGCGACCGAACUCGAGCACAUGUCGGCCCGCCCCAAAGCUCCCGAGGAGCUCAUCAUCGGCGACGCGGUGCAGGCGGCAGCUUUCGCGGCGCAGGACUUGGAGAUCAUGGAGACAUUGGCGCGCAAGCGCGACCGGAGUCCGACGCCGCCAGAUCCAACGCACUACCAGGCGGACAAGGAGAUUCGGACCAAGGGGGUUGGAUUCUACAAGUUCAGCCAAGAGGAGAAGAGGAGGGAAGAGGAGAUGAAAGCGUUGGAAGAAGAACGAGUCAGAACGGUGCGACUAAGAGAAGAAAGGGAGGAGCAGAAGAAGAGGAGGAAGAUGGAGAUCGAGGCGAGACGGAAAGAACUCGCCGAGCGGAAGGCGAACAAACUGACGGAGACUUUCCUGGAUGGCUUGGGGAAGGAUCUAGCUGGGGGCGGUUAG